AUGUCACAUCAUAUUCAGCCUUGCUCUGUUGAAGCCUACCUCUCAGGGAUAGUCAAUCAGCUCAAACCUCAUUUUCCUCAUUCUUGGCAUUCUACCCUUGUGAAAUGCACAAUGCAAGGAGCACUCUGCAGUCUAGGAUGCCCCAUCAUACACAAACAACCAAUAAUAAGGGAUGAUUUAGCUUGUGUGAUUCACACUUUACCACAUCCUUUGACUCACAAUGAUUUAUUUCUUCUUCACCUAGGAGAAUUGGUAGCUGCUGACGACCCAUCAAUGAGGGACUUUACAAAGUUCUCUCUUCAUACCUCACGAGACAAGAUGGACAUGUGGUACAAAGGAAAUAAGGUGAUGAUCCAACAAGUGCUAGUUGGUUCAGAUCCUCUUCCUCUCUUUACAUGCUUCCUUGCCUCUCGUGAUGCAAAAUUUCUGUUACAUCCUUACCUCUGGUUAAGGAGUGAUGGAUGUCCACCUACUUGUUCUUGGUUCAUCCAAAGGCUUCGGAUGUUCUUUCCUGACUCCAUUUUGGGCCAUUCCAUGCAGGCAGGAGGGGCAACCUCUCUAGCUGCUGCUGGAGUUUCUCCAGAACAUAUUCAGGCACCAGCUCCUCAGCAUGUUGAGGAGUUGUUUUUGGCUACACUGGUGUUCGUAUGCCUCCCUAAAUCCUGCAAGACCCAUUAG